UUAGACCACAGUGUUCAGUUGGCCAGUUUAGACCACAGUGUUCAGUGGGCCAGUUUAGACCACAGUGUUCAGUGGGCCAGUUUAGACCACAGUGUUCAGUGGGCCAGUUUAGACCACAGUGAUCAGUGGGCCAGUUUAGACCACAGUAUUCAGUGGGCCAGUUUAGACCACAGUGUUCAGUGGGCCAGUUUAGACCACAGUGUUCAGUGGGCCAGUUUAGACCACAGUGUUCAGUGGGCCAGUUUAGACCACAGUGUUCAGUGGGCCAGUUUAGACCACAGUGUUCAGUGGGCCAGUUUAGACCACAGUGAUCAGUGGGCCAGUUUAGACCACAGUAUUCAGUGGGCCAGUUUAGACCACAGUGUUCAGUUGGCCAGUUUAGACCACAGAGUUCAGUUGGCCAGUUUAGACCACAGUGUUCAGUGGGCCAGUUUAGACCACAGUGUUCAGUGGGCCAGUUUAGACCACAGUGAUCAGUGGGCCAGUUUAGACCACAGCAUUCAGUGGGCCAGUUUAGACCACAGUGUUCAGUUGGCCAGUUUAGACCACAGUAUUCAGUGGGCCAGUUUAGACCACAGAGUUCAGCGGGCCAGUUUAGACCACAGUGUUCAGUGGGCCAGUUUAGACCACAGUGAUCAGUGGGCCAGUUUAGACCACAGUGUUCAGUGGGCCAGUUUAGACCACAGUGUUCAGUUGGCCAGUUUAGACCACAGUGUUCAGUGGGCCAGUUUAGACCACAGUGUUCAGUGGGCCAGUUUAGACCACAGUGAUCAGUGGGCCAGUUUAGACCACAGUAUUCAGUGGGCCAGUUUAGACCACAGUGUUCAGUUGGCCAGUUUAGACCACAGUGUUCAGUGGGCCAGUUUAGACCACAGUGUUCAGUGGGCCAGUUUAGACCACAGUGUUCAGUGGGCCAGUUUAGACCACAGUGAUCAGUGGGCCAGUUUAGACCACAGUAUUCAGUGGGCCAGUUUAGACCACAGUGUUCAGUUGGCCAGUUUAGACCACAGUAUUCAGUGGGCCAGUUUAGACCACAGUGUUCAGCGGGCCAGUGUACAGUAUUCAGUGGGUCAGUUUAGACCACAGUGUAUAGCUGGCCAGUUUUGACCACAGUAUUCAGUGGGUCAGUUUAGACCACAGUGUUCAGUUGGCCAGUUUAGACCACAGUAUUCAGUUUGCCAGUUUAGACCACAGUAUUCAGUGGGUCAGUUUAGACCACAGUAUUCAGUGUGCCAGUUUAGACCACAGUAUUCAGUGUGCCAGUUUAGACCACAGUGUUCAGUGGGCCAGUUUAGACCACAGUGUUCAGUGGGCCAGUUUAGACCACAGUAUUCAGUGUGCCAGUUUAGACCACAGUGUUCAGUGGGUCAGUUUAGACCACAGUAUUCAGUGUGCCAGUUUAGACCACAGUGUUCAGUGGGCCAGUUUAGACCACAGUGAUCAGUCGGCCAGUUUAGACCACAGUAUUCAGUGGGCCAGUUUAGACCACAGUGUUCAGUUGGCCAGUUUAGACCACAGUGUUCAGUGGGCCAGUUUAGACCACAGUGUUCAGUGGGCCAGUUUAGACCACAGUGUUCAGUGGGCCAGUUUAGACCACAGUGUUCAGUGGGCCAGUUUAGACCACAGUGAUCAGUGGGCCAGUUUAGACCACCGUGUUCAGUGGGCCAGUUUAGACCACAGUAUUCAGUGUGCCAGUUUAGACCACAUUGUUCAGUUGGCCAGUUUACACCACAGUAUUCAGUGUGCCAGUUUAGACCACAGUGUUCAGUGGGCCAGUUUAGACCACAUUGUUCAGUGGGCCAGUUUAGACCACAGUGUUCAGUGGGCCAGGUUACACCAUAGUGUUCAGUCGGCCAGUUUACACCACAGUGUUCACUGGGCCAGUUUACACCACAGUAUUCAGUGUGCCAGUUUAGACCACAGUGUUCAGUGGGUCAGUUUAGACCACAUUGUUCAGUGGGCCAGUUUAGACCACAGUGUUCAGUGGGCCAGUUUAGACCACCGUGUUCAGUGGGCCAGUUUAGACCACAGUGUUCAGUGGGCCAGUUUAGACCACAGUGUUCAGUGGGCCAGUUUAGACCACAGUGUUCAGUGGGCCAGUUUAGACCACAGUGUUCAGUGGGCCAGUUUAGACCACAGUGUUCAGCGGGCCAGUGUACAGUAUUCAGUGGGUCAGUUUAGACCACAGUGUAUAGCUGGCCAGUUUUGACCACAGUAUUCAGUGGGUCAGUUUAGACCACAGUGUUCAGUUGGCCAGUUUAGACCACAGUAUUCAGUUUGCCAGUUUAGACCACAGUAUUCAGUGGGUCAGUUUAGACCACAGUAUUCAGUGUGCCAGUUUACACCACAGUAUUCAGUGUGCCAGUUUACCACCACAGUGUUCAGUGGGCCAGUUUAGACCACAGUGUUCAGUGGGCCAGUUUAGACCACAGUAUUCAGUGUGCCAGUUUAGACCACAGUGUUCAGUGGGUCAGUUUAGACCACAGUAUUCAGUGCGCCAGUUUAGACCACAUUGUUCAGUGGGCCAGUUUAGACCACAGUGUUCAGUGGGCCAGUUUAGACCACAGUAUUCAGUGUGCCAGUUUAGACCACAGUGUUCAGUGGGUCAGUUUAGACCACAUUGUUCAGUGGGCCAGUUUAGACCACAGUGUUCAGUGGGCCAGUUUAGACCACGUGUUCAGUGGGCCAGUUUAGACCACAUGUGUUCAGUGGGCCAGUUUAGACCACAGUGUUCAGUGGGCCAGUUUAACCACAGUGUUCAGUGGGCCAGUUUAGACCACAGUGUUCAUGGGCCAGUUUAGACCACGGGUGUUCAGUGGGCCAGUUUAGACCACAUGUUCAGUGAGCCAGUUUAGACCACAUGUGUUCAGUGGGCCAGGUUUACACCAUAGUGUUCAGUCGGCCAGUUUACACCACAGUGUUCAUGGGCCAGUUUACACCACAGUAUUCAGUGUGCCAGUUUAGACCACAGUGUUCAGUGGGCCAGUUUAGACCACAGUGUCAGUGGGCCAGUUUAGACCACAGUGUUCAGUGGGCCAGUUUAGACCACAGUGUUCAGUGGGCCAGUUUAGACACAGUAUUCAGUGGGCCAGUUUAGACCACAGUGUUCAGUGGGCCAGUUUAGACCACAGUGUUCAGUGGGCAGUUUAGACCACAGUGUUCAGUGGGCCAGUUUAGACCACAGUGUCAGUGGGCCAGUUUAGACCACAGUGUUCAGUGGCCAGUUUAGACCACAGUAUUCAGUGGGCCAGUUUAGACCACAGUGUUCAGGGGCCAGUUUAGACCACAGUGUUCAGUGGGCCAGUUUAGACCACAGUGUCAGUGGGCCCAGUUUAGACCACAGUGUUCAGUGGGCCAGUUUAGACCACAGUGAUUCAGUGGCCAGUUUAGACCACAGUGUUCAGUGGGCCAGUUUAGACCACAGUGUUCAGUUGGGCCAGUUUAGACCACAGUGUUCAGUGGGCCAGUUUAGACCACAGUUUCAGUGGGCCAGUUUAGACCACAGUGUUCAGGGGGCCAGUUUAGACCACAGUGUUCAGUGGGCCAGUUUAGACCACAGUGUUCAGUGGGCAGUUUAGACCACAGUGUUAAGUGGGCCAGUUUAGACCACAGUGUUCAGUGGGCCAGUUUAGACCACAGUGUUCAGUGGGCCAGUUUAGACCACAGUGAUCAGUGGGCCAGUUUAGACCACAGUAUUCAGUGGGCCAGUUUAGACCACAGUGUUCAGUUGGCCAGUUUAGACCACAGUAUUCAGUGGGCCAGUUUAGACCACAGUGUUCAGCGGGCCAGUGUACAGUAUUCAGUGGGUCAGUUUAGACCACAGUGUAUAGCUGGCCAGUUUUGACCACAGUAUUCAGUGGGUCAGUUUAGACCACAGUGUUCAGUUGGCCAGUUUAGACCACAGUAUUCAGUUUGCCAGUUUAGACCACAGUAUUCAGUGGGUCAGUUUAGACCACAGUAUUCAGUGUGCCAGUUUACACCACAGUAUUCAGUGUGCCAGUUUAGACCACAGUGUUCAGUGGGCCAGUUUAGACCACAGUGUUCAGUGGGCCAGUUUAGACCACAGUAUUCAGUGUGCCAGUUUAGACCACAGUGUUCAGUGGGUCAGUUUAGACCACAGUAUUCAGUGUGCCAGUUUAGACCACAGUGUUCAGUGGGCCAGUUUAGACCACAGUGUUCAGUGGGCCAGUUUAGACCACAGUAUUCAGUGUGCCAGUUUAGACCACAGUGUUCAGUGGGUCAGUUUAGACCACAUUGUUCAGUGGGCCAGUUUAGACCACAGUGUUCAGUGGGCCAGUUUAGACCACCGUGUUCAGUGGGCCAGUUUAGACCACAGUGUUCAGUGGGCCAGUUUAGACCACAGUGUUCAGUGGGCCAGUUUAGACCACAGUGUUCAGUGGGCCAGUUUAGACCACAGUGUUCAGUGGGCCAGUUUAGACCACAGUGUUCAGUGGGCCAGUUUAGACCACAUUGUUCAGUGGGCCAGUUUAGACCACAGUGUUCAGUGGGCCAGGUUACACCAUAGUGUUCAGUCGGCCAGUUUACACCACAGUGUUCACUGGGCCAGUUUACACCACAGUAUUCAGUGUGCCAGUUUAGACCACAGUGUUCAGUGGGUCAGUUUAGACCACAUUGUUCAGUGGGCCAGUUUAGACCACAGUGUUCAGUGGGCCAGUUUAGACCACCGUGUUCAGUGGGCCAGUUUAGACCACAGUGUUCAGUGGGCCAGUUUAGACCACAGUGUUCAGUGGGCCAGUUUAGACCACAGUGUUCAGUGGGCCAGUUUAGACCACAGUGUUCAGUGGGCCAGUUUAGACCACAGUGAUCAGUGGGCCAGUUUAGACCACAGUAUUCAGUGGGCCAGUUUAGACCACAGUGUUCAGUUGGCCAGUUUAGACCACAGUAUUCAGUUGGCCAGUUUAGACCACAGUAUUCAGUGGGCCAGUUUAGACCACAGUGUUCAGCGGGCCAGUGUACAGUAUUCAGUGGGUCAGUUUAGACCACAGUGUAUAGCUGGCCAGUUU